CGGCAGGCUGCACCCCCUGCGCCCGCCAUGGCAUAAAGGGCGGCCCGCCCGGCCCCGCCAGGCCCGGCCCGGCGCCCCCAGCCCAGAGCUGCCUCUUCUCGCAGGUGCCUCGCUUCGGACCGGCCCCGCCAUGGAGCCGCGGCCAGCCCCCCUGGCGCUGUGGCUGCUCGUCCUCGGCUGCCUGGGCCACCGCGGCCCCCCCGGCGCCCCCCGGGUCUACCUGGCCUACAAAGAGCUGCUGGAGACCCGCACCGCACGUCCCUUCAGCUUUGCCUUCAACACAAGCGACUAUCGGAUCCUGCUGAUGGACCAGGACCAAGAGCGACUCUACCUGGGAGCGCGGGACUUCUUGGUGGCCUUGGAUCUUCACAACAUCAACAAGGAGCCCCUCAUUAUCCAUUGGCCUGCGCUACCCAUACAUCAGAAUGAAUGCCGCUUGGCUGGGAAGGGCCAGCAGGCGGAAUGUUUCAAUUACAUACGACUUAUGGAACCACUGAACCGCACGCAUAUCUACGCCUGUGGAACGGGUGCCUACCACCCAGUCUGUGCUCUUGUCAACCGUGGCUGGCGCUCUGAAGAAUACCUCUUCCGAAUGGUGCCUCGUUCACUGGAGCCUGGAAAGGGCAAAUGCCCGUAUGACCCCUGGCAGCGCAGCGUGGCUGUCCUUGUCAAUAACACCCUUUACGCUGGAGUGCACGUGGAUUUCAUGGGCACAGACGCUGCCUUGUUCCGUACCAUGGGGCCCCGCCCAGCCGUACGCACCGAGCAGCAUGAUUCCCGUUGGCUCUAUGAUCCUGUUUUCCUCCACGCUCACGUCAUUCCUGAUAGUUCUGACCACAACGAUGACAAGCUGUAUUUCUUUUUCCGUGAGAAAGCGCUGGAGGGUGCCGUGGGGCCCGCUGUGCUCGCUCGGGUGGGACGGGUCUGCCUGAAUGAUGAUGGGGGACAACGUUCCUUGGUGAAUAAGUGGACCACGUUCCUGAAAGCGCGGCUGGUCUGCUCGGUGGUUGGAGAAGAUGGUGUAGAGACUUUCUUUGAUGACCUGCGCGACGUUUUCCUGCUGCCAACUCAGGAUGAGAAGCACCCACUGCUCUAUGGCGUGUUCUCCAUGUUGGGGUCCGUCUUCCGUGGUUCUGCUGUCUGUGUUUAUUCCAUGGCCGACAUACGCACAGUCUUCAAUGGGCCUUUUGCCCAUAAGGAAGGGCACAACUACCAGUGGGGACCGUACACAGGACGCGUCCCCUACCCUCGUCCUGGAGCUUGCCCAGGAGGAACCUUCACCCCAGGGCUUCGCACCACGCGAGAGUUCUCUGAUGAGCUGGUGACCUUUGUGCGGAAUCAUCCUCUUAUGUACAACGCUGUUUACCCACUGCAGCGCCGCCCCCUGUUGGUGAGAACCAACGUGCCCUACAGCUUCACGACGUUGGCGGUUGACCUGGUGGACGCAGUGGACGGGCGUUAUGAGGUGCUCUUCCUUGGCACAGACAAAGGCACAGUGCAGAAGGUGGUGGUGCUGCCCAAGGAGCACGGGACCUCGGAAGAGCUGACCUUAGAGGAGGUUGAGGUUUUCAGGACACGUGCGCCGGUGAAAACACUGUGGAUCUCGUCUAAACGGCAACAGCUGUACGUGUCCUCGGAUGUGGGUGUUUCCCAGCUGAGCCUGCAUCGGUGCCGUGAAUAUGGAGAGGCGUGUGCUGACUGCUGUCUGGCUCGAGACCCGUAUUGUGCUUGGGAUGGGCAACGUUGCGCUCGCUACAGCCACACAGCCAAAAGGAGGAGUCGGCGGCAGGACAUCAAACAUGGCGACCCCCUGAGGCAGUGCCGGGGCUUUAAUGCCAAGGUAGAACAGCAGUUACCCGAGCAGGUUCAGUAUGGCCUAGAAGGUGGGAGCGUGUUUCUGGAGUGUGAACCACGAUCUCCUCAUGCAUCCAUCAAGUGGCUUAUGCAAACAGAUGCUCCUGACAAGCGCAAGGUGCUGCCACGGGACCGCGUGCUCCUGCAAACGCCGCAGGGUGUGCUUUUGGGGCCACUGACGCCCAGUGACGGCGGACUCUACCAAUGCACGGGCACCGAGAACCGUUUCCGCCACACACUGAGACGCCUGCGUUUGCAUAUUUUGCCCCGUGCAUUGCUUGAGGGGGCCCUCGCCCAACAGACGCCAUCUGCCCUUGGCAUUUGUGAGAGCUACCAGCACCAGCUCAACAGAGGCCGGGAUCCACACCGUGGGCGCAGUGGCCGUCAAUCUCAUGCCAGACCAGGUCCUUGGGAUGGAGAGCAGCUGGCCAACUGGUAUAGAGCUAACCAACACUUGCUAAACUGGACCAGAAGUAGCUCCCAGCACUCCCAAAGCAGCAGCAGCAGCAGCAGCCACCGCCACCACCACCGCUCCAAGCCAUGGACACACCACCAUUCCCCUCCUCGGAGCUGAGGAGGGGGAGCUUUUAGCCCACCCUCUUGGGUGUUAGAAAAUGACAUUCCAAUGGACUCCUCGCAAGAGAUGGGGACGAUCUCUCCCCUCCCGCUCCCAGGCCGAAGGAUCAAUGCUGUUGCUAACAGGGUGUGUUGUGUUGUGUGUACAGGCUAAUUCCAGUGGUUUGCAGGACCAGGGCUCACUGGCUUUUUCCAUGGAUGUAAAGUGACCAGUGCUGAUUUCAGGGGCUUUGGCUUAAAGUUGUUUUUUUACAGUGGUAAUUUCCGCCCCCCCCCCCCCCUAACAUGGCUGAGUUGUUUUUUCCUACCAUGGUAUGAAAACAGUGGGGCUUUUUUGACAUUAAUCCUAUGAUUUAAUUAACCUGUGUUGCAGGAACAGAUUGCAGAGAAUAAAAGUGCCUGUUUAUUUUCUAAACAAAA